AUGGCUGGGGAAAUAGUCUAUGCUGAUUUAAACAUCCCUGGAGAUCCUUCCUCCAGAGGCAAAGUGGUUCCAUCUCAGCAUCACAAUCGCCCGAGGUGCCCACGCUGGCAUCGGCUGGCUCUGGGCCUCACAUUGGCUGGGAACGUCGUGCUGCUGGGAGUGGUGACGCGGCUGGCUGCUCAGGGUUCCCAGAACCCAUCACCGAGCGGAGCCGUCCCAAAAACGAUGGAGAACGAAACCUCAGCUCAGGCCAGUCCUAAAGGAAGAGGAUGCAGCGACUUGGAGGAGUUCCGCUCUCAUCUGCGGCAACAUUUGUGUUAUACACAAAACAACCAGUCAGCAGAGGGUUCCAGCUGCAAACUCUGCCCCAAGGACUGGCUGCUGCAUGGGGACAAGUGUUACUGGGUUUCUACAGCGAUUAAAGGCUGGGAGUGGAGCCGUGACGACUGUUUAAUGAAGAGAGCACAACUGCUAGUGAUCGAUGACCGGGAGGAGAUGGCGUCCAUAUGGAAUAUUACACGGGACCAACAUCAGGUGUGGAUUGGACUUAACAUCCCAUCCCCAGGGAGGACGUGGACCUGGCAGGACGGAUCCCCGUUAAAUCAAACACUGUUCCCAGUUUUGGAUCCCAAGCAAGAGAACAACUGUGCCUCUGUGAAGAAGAACAAGAUCCAGUCUGAAAUCUGCCAAACUGAGUUGAAAUGGAUUUGCCAGAAAGCAGCUGUCCUGGUUUAA